UAUAGUAACGCAUUCGGCGUAUUACACCUCUCCCGUCACGUAUACCGUCAUCGCUGCACCUAACCAAAAUCGUUUGAAACACUUACAGAGUUGCCAUUGUCGAUUGCAAUAUAUGUACUAUAGACAAUUAUAAUAUUUCAAUUCCAUUGGAUUCGUUUUGCGCACGCUCUGGCCCGACAAUCUAGUCAAAACCCGCCGUUGUCCGGGACAUCGUCGUUGCCGCAUAACCCGCUGGAAGUAAUUACCGUUUGCCGGACACCGUGUGUGUUGUGCGUGCGAGCGCGUGCUGCGUCAAAGCUCUUCACAGCAACCGGCACCAGCAGUUCGAAGCCGGCACGCAAUGGCCGAAGUAGACGACGCGGUGAUCGACGUUGUGGCGUCCGAGGUGAUCAACGGGUGCACCAUCACCGGCGACAGCGAUUAUUCGGACAAGACCGGCGACGUCUCGUCGGUGGAACUGCGCGUCAAGCGCAAAGCCAAGAGACUGGCCAAGUCUCUAUCCCGGGACAGCGGCAUCGUCAACGGUCACGGGGGCACGGCCACCGUGGUGCAGUUGAAAAGGCGCUGGAAGAACAACAGGAAGUCUCGAAACGGUUUCAACAAAGCCCGUGGAGACGCCAAGAAAGGUGGUGCUGGAGGUAAAGGCGUUUGGGGAAAAUUGGGCGAAGAAAGUGAUAUCGAUCCUGCUAUUGACGUUAAGGACCCUAACUAUGAUAGCGAUUUAUUGGAUGAUGACAAUAUCGUUCUACGUGAAAUAACACCGGAGGCUUCUGAUGAAGAACUCAAGAAUUCUAUUACCUUCAAUAUUCUUGAAUAUUAUGAACACGGUGAUACUGAAGAAGCUGCAAUGGUGUUGAGCGAGCUUAACAUUAUAAGCAAAUGGCAUUUGAUCACUCAAGUUGCCAUUGAAGUAGCACUUGAGCAUAAACCGUCGCAAAGGGAGAUGACAUCCAUAUUGAUAUCUGAUCUAUAUGGACGUCUGAUCAAGCAAAAAGAAAUCGCCCAAGGUUUUGACGUAAUACUGUCCAACCUUCCUGAUCUCAUUCUCGACACACCGGAUGCUCCAAUUGUCGUUGGCUGUUUUAUAGCCAGGGCUAUAGCAGACGAUUGUCUUCCUCCAAAGAUUAUAGAUUUUUUCAAAGAGAAAAACUAUAGUGAUCUGGCAAAUCAAGCGUUGAUUAAGGCUUAUAACUUGCUAAAUAUUAAACACGGAUUAACUAGACUGGAUAACGUGUGGGGCGUUGGCGGUAGUCUUAGACCAGUGCAGUACCUCGUAAGGCAAAUGAAUAUGCUGUUAGACGAGUAUUUGUGUUCUGGCGAUCUUCAAGAAGCUAUCAGAUGUAUUCUAGAGUUGGAAGUACCGCAUUUCCAUCACGAACUUGUGUACGAGGCUGUUGUUGAUGUAAUCGAGGCUAUGAAUGCUCAUACGGAAGUAGCCAUGUGCAAGUUGCUGAAGGCAUUGUAUGAUGCAAUCAUUAUAACUCCGGAAAUGAUGAACCAGGGCUUUGACAGAGUGUUUGACGUUCUCGAUGAUGUAACUAUUGAUGUGCCAUUAGCGCCGGCUGUUCUUGAACGCUUUUUGGACAAGUGUGUCAAUGCUGGCUUUUUACCUAAAGAGAUAAUUCAAAAGAUACCAACAAGAACGUCUCGCAAGAGAUAUGUGUCUGAAGGUGACGGCGGUCGUCUCAAGGAAGCAUAAAACACAAAAUAUAACAUCCUAAAAGCAUUGUACCCUUCUGCAAUUUCUUUUUCUUGAGUACAGUAUUUUUUUUCAACAAAUUCUAUUUUUUUUUUUUACUCGUUCAACAUUUGUUUAUUAUUAUUAUAAUAAUUUAUUUUCUAGUAUUAAUAAUUUAUAGAUUUUUUAUUAAGUUGUGUAAUGAGUUCAAUCUAACAUUGAUCAUGUUAAGUCCAUUAAUAUGUUGCGGAAAUACAAUAAAACGUACUAGAAAUUCUUUAAAUAAAAGAUUAACUAAAUAUUAAGAUUUAAUAUCUAGUUUAUUUUUCACUAUACUAACAUGGGAAAAUAUUUUGUAGUAAUUAUAUAAUAAUAAUAAUAAUAUUUGACGUUUUAUUAUGUAUACUGUACUCGUUGCUUAAUACAUUCUAGUGAAUGAAUUAGAUUGUUUAACUAUUGUAGGGUAAAAUUGCUUAUCAAACAAAAAUAUUUUAUUGCAAAAUGCGUAUUGGCUUUGUAAAGUAGUGAUUUUUUCAACUACUUUUGUUUAAUGUAAAUUUUUAUGAAAUUUUAAAAUUUACUAUUGUAUUCACAAUAAGUGUUUUCUAACUAGAACAAGAGAAAAUUGUCGGUAACAUUUGUAAUGAAAUAUUAUAUUCUGUUAGUACAAAAUUUUGUAAUUGUCAUCGUAAGCAAUAAAAGAUGCCUUUGUUUUUUCCUAUUAAAAAAUAAUUUAAUAUUUUUGAAAUGGUUCACGUUUAACAUUUAGUUUAACAACAACUAUAUUUACCUCAUUUAUUUUGUAGUAAUUUUGUGAAAACCAUAUUUCCAUGUUACUAAAUUGCAAAUUGUGAAAAAUGUUUUAUGUUAUAAAAAUUUUAUUUCUUAUUUUUUCUGAUAUUUCUAUGUUUUCUCAACAUAAAAAUUAUUGGUUUAAUA